AUGCAGCGCUUGCCCGAUCGCAGCGCGACUGUUGCAGACAACUGCGACGCGCUCGCCGCCAGCCGCGAGGACUGGCGAUGGACGUGCCCUGCACUUGCGGGGCACGGUACAAAAACCAUUUUUGGCUUCAACGCGAGCCGCCUCCUCAACGUCGUUCGGGGCCCUAGUGUUGUUCCUCGGAAACUUGUGCAGUGUAUAUUCAUAAUGUCUCGCUGUACUCGAUAUGUUUGGACCCUUACCUGUGUCUGCCUCGUGUUCGUUAUCGUUGCUAUGGUACUCGGGAUACAACUCGCAGCCGUUCCUGCAGAAGCGCUAACGUUCGACUACGUGCCGGUUCCGCGGGUAGGUCUUAGAGACGCCCGUGACCACAACCGUAAUCCGAACUGCUUCUUUACGACUGGAGCAAAAGGGGAUCUCAUAAGCGGUCACUACUUGGUGGUAGAGCCACCAAAAGGUGCAGCGGUAGAAAUGAUUGUCUCGAAGCUGCCGCGUGACGCUAUCGACGACGAGUCGCGCUCCGUGCCGGUGCUCGCGUUACCCGCACACGCCGGAGAGUCUUUCUCUUUUGAGGUGACGGAAGACGGGUUUCCCCUAUAUCGAAUCUGCUUUGCUGGUGCGUAUGGGCCACCACGGAAGAUCCUCUUCGAGUGGCAGGGUGGUGUCGUUGACGAGGUCGUAUCGGGCGUGCACGCUGACAAGAAGGAGCCCAUCAAAGUCGGCCACAUACAGGACCUGGAAGCGGCGGUCGAUCAUCUUCAAGAUAGGGUUGCGCAAGUAGGUGGCGCAGCCUACUACUUCAACCAUCGCCUUGGGCUCAUGCUCGAGGCACUUUAUGGAUCAUCCACGGCGCUCGCGUGGACAGCUCUGUUGAAAACGCUCGCUUUUAUGGCGAUCAGCUGGUGGAAAGUGAGUCGUGUCAAGAGGAUGCUGGAUCCGAGUGCUGCUGCGCCGACAGGUUGGAGCUUUCCUGGCGUAUCAAAGCUUCUGGGGCAACACCAGAAACCAACCAAGCCAUUACUCGAGCGACGGAUUUCACCCGGUGGCUGGCCACGAGUCUAG